AUGUAUAGUUUAUACAGAGCUUGGUUCGGCGACAGCAUCACAGCUGACAAUUAUUCGCGACUUCAAGAAACUUUAUCACCGCCUGAUACGGUGGUCAGAGUCGGGAACGAGGGUGAACAUCAGUUUGUCGCGCACAAAGGUAUCCUGGCUGCCCACAGUGGCUAUCUGAAAGCUCUGUUAACGAGCGCGGCAACGACACCUAGCUCCACUGUUAACUUGCCAGCAACGGCUAUCGCGGUCACCACAACCAACCUUUCGGGACAAUCAACAAGGCAGCCGGUCACGUCUGUCUCGGUCUCGUCCAUUGGUGGAGAAGCGUUCGCGCCUCUUCUAAACUACAUGUACACCGGUCGAUUGGAGGUGACACUGGACAACGUGUACAGCGUGCUAUUGGCCACACAUUUGUUACACAUGCCGGGUGCUCUGGAACAAUGUAGAGCCGCGUUACUAAGGCUAAGAGCGCCACCGCCGCUACCAACGCCGAUCCCUGUGCCGGCGUCGACUUUAACUUCAACCUCGAUGUCCACGUCGACGCCAGGCGCCGGAAACAUACUCAGACCGAUACCAAACAGACUGAUGAUUGACCCGAGCAUGUGUUGGCCACCGACCACGCCGCUUUAUCCACCGACCGCGCCGCCAACCGCGUCCAUCGGUAUACCGCAUUUACAUCAACUGCAACCGUCGGUCCUGAUGCAAUCGACAGUUCCACUCAACGUUUCUGUCGUCCAGACCUCCAACGUCCAGGAAACCCAGUGCUCGGCGGUUUAUAGCGAAGUCUCGUCGCCAAAGUCCUCGCUCUUCCAAAUGGACCGGAACCGAGGCCUAAGAGUGGACACCAGACCGAAGUCUCCAGAAAACGUGUCCUCGAGCUCGCUACCACUGGUCGCAGCAGCCGCAGCAGCAUUCAGUGCUUUCACGUCAAACACAGCCACCUCAACCAGAACAUCGUCACCGUGUCAAUCGAUUUCACCUACGCCCUCGUCGACUUCUCAGUCCCCGAUACCAACGUGUCAGGGCAAGAAACCAACCGAUCAUCAGCAACAAACCAAAGACGAUCAACGCGACUACAAGCACACCAACAACAAUCAACCGACACAAAAUCGAUCUUCGCCACUGACACCUGUGGAAGAUUUAACGACGAUGCCUCGUAAUCGCGAGAGAAACAUCGAGACAGCGUCCAUCGCGGAGAACGACGAUCGAGGGAGAUCCUCUAAACGAAGAGGACGCGGCUCGAACACCGGAAACGACGGUUCUUCGAGUGUCUUAUCGGUCGUGUACGACGUCGCCUGUUGCGACGGUCCAGUGAAGUUUCACCGAGUAUUAAACGAGAAUUAUCUGUCGUCGGCAGCCUCUUGCGGACCGAGUUCCAUACCGCAAUCGCGUCUGCAGAGACCGCCGUGCUUCGAGUCGGAGAACGCGUCGUCGGAGAACGACGAAAACGGAGGACCAGGACCUGUAAGAACUCCUUGCGACUCGAUCGAGGCUGGAAUGGACGCGGCGAACAGCAGCGGAAGUUACACGUGUGGCUACUGCAGACACACCUUCAAAUCUCAGUACUGUUACCGAAAACACACGAAAAGACACCUGCUACCGACCAGAGUGAACGAUUCGAUAGGAAACAGACAGAGGCAAGACAUCGCUGCACGGAACAAACGAGAGGUUCGAUUGUUGGACCUGAACGUUCAGUAUUAUCCGUGCAAGAUCUGCGGAUGCAAGUUUCCCAGCUACUAUUUCGUGCACAAGCAUAGAAAAUUGUGCCACGCGAACGCGGAAGAGAGAACGCAGUCCGACGAGGCAAACAGCACCGCUAUGGAGGAUCAGGAUUCGACUACGUCGACGACCAACAACGAGAGACAAUGA